AUGGCGACGUGUGAUUCGUCGGUGCGACCAGGGAGGAGCAGGGGUGGGUGGGCCAGGGGAGGGCAGGGUGGGGUUGGUGGCGAAUGGGAGUGUGACACGUCAGCUGGGAGAGAGGAGGAGGAGGAAUCGGAAGGGGAUUCUGAAGAAGACAUGGGGUCACAGACAAAAGCGGCAAGUUGGCAGCAGCAGCAGCAGCAGCAGCAGCUGGGUUACGGUGCUUCAGCUGCUGACUACUCUGCCUCUGCUUCCACUUUCUCUCACUCCUCUGCGGGUCCGAGGCGAAUCCAUCACAGUGCAACAGCAGGGGAGGCAGAAGGAAGGGAGAGGAGGCGAGGGGGGAAGGUACUGGGAAGCGCAGGGGAGAAACGCGGUGGGGGAGUGGGUGUUGUUGGGGAGGGGGAGGAAGAGGGGAUGAGCAGCGAUCACCUGACGAGAAUAGCAGCCCAGAUGAUGGGGUUCGAGGAUGAGGACGGGCAGGAUGGGCAGUACGGGCAGGAGAAACUUUUGCAGGAACCAAAGCAGGAGGAGCUGAUUGGUCCAUCCGCCCUGCUGCCGCCGAGCCACAGCUCCUCCCGACCCUCUUCCAUCCGCAAGGCACACUCAGCCUCGGCCAAGCCUGCGAAAUCCGGAGGCUCGGCAGCAGGCUCGGGAGCCGGCGUAGUUAGUGACAGUCAAUUUGUCGAGGACCUGCUUCAGCUAGGGUUGAAUGAUUCGCGGCUAAGGGACUGGGCUGCCAGGUUCAAAGCAGGGCAGACAGACAGACGGGAGCUGCAAACACUGCUACUGGAGCUUCAGGAAAAGCAGAGGUUGCAAGGGGCGGGAGAAGUAGCAGGUGGGAAGGGAGAGGAAUGGAUGGGAGGAUCUGCAAUGGGGGAAGAUGAGGCAGAGGGAGUGGCAGAAUCUGCUGCUGCAGCAGCAGCCGCUGGGUCAGGAUUAGGGUUAGGGUUUAUGGGGGGUUCCAGGCCUAGAUCUUCCUCUCGCAGGCUUGCCAGUAGCAGUGGCGUCCGAAGCAGGCCAGCUUCGUCGUCGUACCACAACCGAACCCAGCGGGCCGGGCACGCCAGGUUCGGCAGCAGCAUAGGCUUGGGAACAAGCCUGGGCGGGUUGGUCUCGGGAGCAGGCUCGGGAGACGCAUUGGAGGGGUCCGGUUCGGAGGGUGGGUCGGACGCGGAGGAUUUUUUGACAUCAGUUCCCCCUUCGGCUCUAGACGUUCUGCAGGGCAGCGGGCAGGCGAAAAAGAAACCUCCAACCGGAAAUUGGAAGAGCCCUCUUUCAGGCGCAACACCACCAGGAGAAUCCUCAUCCACAUCUGGCGUUCCCUCUGCACGAUCUGGACCGUUGAUCUCAGCAGGAUCUGUCCCAUCAAGAUCCCGAGGGACAUCUGCAGCGUCGAUUCUAAGGCAUGGAAGUUGGGAGCAAAGGGAGUUUGCACAGCUGGCAGAGCAAUUCGGGCUAGAUGCAGAAGAGGAUGGGCUGGGCGGGUUGGUGGAGGGUGGGAGGCAGGAAGGCGCAACUGGUGCGGGUGGUCCUGGGGUAGGCUUAUCUGGUGCAGGUGCAGCAGGGGGAGGUUUAUCUGGUGCAGGUGGGAGGUGGAUUGGGAGGAGCAGCUCAGUUCCCGAGGCAGGUCCGUCUGGAGGCUCAUGGGGGAGUCCUGGGGUAGUGGGAGGGGUGGGAGGAGUAGGAUUGGGAGGAAGAGGAGGAGUGGAAGGAGUGGGAGACACAGAAGAUGAGGUACAAGGGGGAGGAGCAAGUGGAGUGGUGGAAUCAGGGGCUACUGCUGCUACAGCGGGUGGUGGUGGUAGGGGUGGUGGUGACUUGUACGGGGGAGGAGUUCUAGGAGGAGGGUUGGCAGAUCUGUAUGGCAGUGAUAGGAUGGCUGCUGCUGCUUCUGCUACAGCUGCUUCUGCUGGUGGUGCUGCUGCUGCUGCUGCUGCUGGUGUAGGCAAAACGGCUGCUUCUGCUGGUGCUGCUGCUCAUACUGACACAGUAAACGCCCCUUCCCCCCGCUCUCAUCCAGGAGAGGGAGAGAUAUCGGGCGUGAUAUCGGGAGCGAGAGAGGGAGAAACAGAUGGAGUGGGAGAGCUACGGGGAGCAGAGGAGGGGAUGUUAUCCUUAGAGAGGAAUCUGAGCCUUCCGUCACCGAAGCCGGUCGUACAGGUGGAGGAGGCUUCAUUCGAUCGCAACCUGUCGCUGCACAAUGUGAUCAAGAAGCGGAUCAGCAGCCACGCUGGGGAGGUGGGGCAGCAGUUUGCUCGCCUCUCCACUCUCCUCAAGAAGGCAUCAUCCACACCCAAUGCACCUGGCGUUGGCGGCAGUGGAGCAUUAUCAGGGGGAAAGCGGCUGGCACAAGAAGGGAAGAAACCACCCAAGCCAGCCAAGAGUGGAUCAGACCGGCCGUCCAGUGGCAACCCACUUGCCAGAACAUCAUCUAUUGCAGCAGAGUUUGGCGAUUUGCCAGCACCCAAGAGAACGCACUACCAGUACUCGGAACUGCAGCUGGCGACUGAGAAUUUCAACGAGGCCAACGUGUUGGGGCAGGGCGGAUUCGGGAAGGUGUAUUAUGGCGUGCUGCCCGUGCACCCCGCUCAGGUGGUGGCAGUGAAGGUGCUGAAACAAGGAGGAGGGGAGCAGGGCGACGAGGAGUUUGUGACAGAGCUGGAGCUGCUGAGUCGACUGGAGCACAAACACCUUGUGAAGCUGAUGGGCUACUGCAUGCGCAAGAACCAGCGGCUGCUAGUCUACGAGUUCCUGCCCAACGGAAGUCUUGCCGACCACUUGCACGGCAAAAAGGUCAGGCAAAACGGGCCCCUGUCGUGGGAGAAGCGGCUGAAGAUUGCUGUUGGAUCAGCACGGGGGUUGAGGUACCUGCACUCGCAGCGCCCACAGGUGCUGCAUCGAGACGUGAAAUCGCCCAACAUUCUCAUCACUGACAGCUACGUUGCCAAGGUGGCUGAUUUCGGGUGUGCGAAGCUGAUCAAGCAGACCAUCAUGGUAGAGGACCCCACCACUGGGGAGAUGGUGGAGACGCUGGGGGAGAAUGUGGAUGUGGCGAUGGGCACACACGGCCACAUGGCUCCUGAAAUCCUGAUGACUGGAGAAAUUAGCGCUGCUACGGACGUGUACAGCUUCGGAGUGGUGAUGUUGGAAUUAUUGAGUGGCAGAGUGCCCGUGUUUGAAGACGGCACGAUGCUGACACAUUGGGCCACGCCUUUCUUAAAAGACAAGAGGUGGGAUGAGCUGAUCGAUCCUGCCAUGCUUGCUGCUCACACACCAGAAGGGGGAGGAGGAGCAGGAGGAGGGGAAGGAGCGGUGCCAGCUGGCACCGGCGCCGGUGCCGAUGCUGACGUGGUGCUGCCCAGGGUGGCUGCCACGUCAGCGUUUGCUCGGUGCGCUGAGCUGGCGGAGUCGUGCAUCCAGUUUGACCCGCUGAUGCGGCCGAGCAUGGAGGACGUGGCACACACCCUGCAAGCGAUCCAAUUAGGUUUGUUCAGGUGCAUGCUGCUGACUGACGCGGUCGACCAUGGUGGGUAUGGCUCACAUUCCUUGAGUUGA